AUGUUUCAGGGUGCUAUCGCUACUUGGCUGAUCAAUCGGGUGCAAAUGCUAGAGCAGGUCUGUCAGCAUCAAAGCGACUGUGAGCCCGGAAAGACUCAAUGUCCCUUCCAGUGGCCGAGCACAGCCAUCUCCUGGAUUCGCGGUCUUCUUACAGCGGUCCCUAAGGUCACUCUGGAUUCCGUCCAGUCUAAAGCCGAUGACCAUUACUUUCCUCUGCUGACGCCCAGUGAGGAAGUUCGCAACUACUGUUCGGGUCUCUGCAGUCGUACCUUUGGUGUGGAUCCGUUUGCUGAGCUGCGUUCACUACUCUGUGAUCUGGAACACAUAAAGAGUCUGCUUGCCAUGUAUCAGUUUCGACUUCCUCUGAGCGAUUGCCGGAAAUGGAGUCCCAAAAACAUUGUCUUCAAGAUGCUUGAUGUGACUCUUUCUUCUGGCGCCGGCACCAAUAUUCCUCCGCGUAUUGAGGCCUACAUCAAGAACAACAAACUGAACGCGGAUCAGGUAUACGCAGAGUACUGUUUGGAACUUCUCGAGAACCUGAAAAUGGACUUAGACGAGGGCGCCUUCAGCGCGUUUGCGACUAUCUCGAACUCCUCUAAGACGUCGAAACGUGAGGGAGCAAUGGUGCACAAGACGGUCGCUUCAAGCCAAGUCAUGCACAAGGUUAUACGUGCCUGCGUCAUCGCCUCGUCGAUUCGGUCACCAGUGUACCGCUGCAAGGUAUACAUAACGCUUAUGGUCUGA